AUGAAGACUACUUUUGUUUGGUUCUCUGUUUUGCUCUUGUUGUUGACAAUGGCAGUUUUGGUUUGCUCUGUUUCUUAUGACAAUGGAGGCACCUCAUCGAAUACUCCUGGAAUGGAGCAUAAUGAAUUGACAGUGACUAUCAAAAGCAGAAAGCUACAGGGCAAUGUCUAUGGAGCAAGAAGGAUCGAUGAUGCAGGGAAGAUAAAUCUGGAAGAUUACCGUCCAAUAGAUCCAGUUCCAAGCUCAAAAGCUUCAGUAAGACCAGGGCCUAUACAGCAUGGGACUCCUCUUAUGCCUUAUAUUCCUAAGCAGCCUUCACCUCCUCCUCCGACUCGCUCCAACCCCGUUGGGUUUCCAUAG